ACUUGAGGAGUGUGCGUGCAGCCAAUCGUCAGUACAAGCCCGCAAGACUACAACAAGGCUUGGAGUGGGAGGGAGGACUCGGGUGGCAAAACAUGGCGAAAUAACAAGUUUUAUUGUGAGCUGCUUUUGGGAAACUGCACCGUGUCUGUCGUGUUGGACUUCAGCGACGGGUUCAUAACAUUUGGACGCCGGAGAAGGAGCGCAACGCGUAACUUUAGAGAGUCGAGGGCCCCAGUUUACAAGUAUUACGGUGGCUGCUGGCGAGAAAAAUAGUGCCUGCCUGUCUGCCUGUGUUUCCCCGGAAGGUUGGCAGUGCUAGGCGCGACUGUCAACACAGAAAAUGGAUGAAGGAGGAAAGUUGAUUGUGGAAAAGGCUGUAGAUUGUGCACGGUAGAUUGAUUGCACGCACCUGACUCGAGAAAUAUUGAAGUCGUGUUAACAAGUUUGGCAACUGCAGUCGUAUAUAAAACUAGGCCAUUCUUUUUUCUUUUGAUUUUUCCCGCAGUUGUGUUAAUAUUCUGGGAGGACAUCUCUCUUUAAGGCUGGUGUUGACAGGCUGUCGGCCGGUUCUGGUGCGGACGGACCCGGACGCCAUCACAACAGACGCUGCGUUCUCCUUUAAAAACAACCACUGCGCUGCUCUCAGCCGUACAUGUUCAUUUUUCUCUACUUCAACAACGACACAAGGACUGUUUAUAAUUGCACACCAGAUCUGCCUGGUAGUUUCUCCACCCCCCCCCCCCCCCUGCGGAUCAGUUUCGUGUCUGCAUGUUGUACAGCAGCGGAGACGUCUUGUCAAAAUGAACGCAGCAAGGUGUUCAGCAACAGUGGAGGUGCAUCGCAUUGAAAACCUGCCAGUUGUUAGUACUGUACCGAUGGCCGGCUAACUGGGACGCUAACAGUUUCUUGCAAUAGCUUUUUAUUUGAAGUAAGUGUUUUGAGCAGACAUUGUAACCGGCAUUUCUGUUAAAAAACAAAACAGCAUUGGUUAACAGUGGUUGAGUUGACGUGAGCUAGCCCGCUGGGUGCGCCUGUGACGGCUCGAUCUGCGAUGUGUUUGCUAAUCUAAGUGCUACCGUGUUGUUCCGCAACAGUUUUAACAGAUUGCACAGCCAGUUUGCUUGAUUUAAUCCAUAGAUAAGCUCUCUCAAGAUCGGUGUAGCAGCCGCUUCACAUUUCCACAAGUACGUCUUGUCUAAUAAGUGGCUAACUUGGUAGCUAAGGUCCUAAGUUUCGCCAGCCAUGUCUGAAAACGCCCCCACACGAAGCCUGGAUGACAUAGACCUCGCGGCUCUGAGGGAUCCGGCAGGAAUCUUCGAGCUGGUCGAGGUCGUCGGCAAUGGGACAUAUGGACAGGUGUACAAGGGCCGUCACGUGAAGACGGGCCAGCUGGCGGCCAUCAAGGUGAUGGAUGUCACGGAGGAGGAAGAGGAGGAGAUCAAAGCAGAGAUCAACAUGCUGAAGAAGUACAGCCACCACCGCAACAUCGCCACGUACUACGGUGCCUUCGUCAAGAAGAGUCCCCCAGGACACGAUGACCAGCUCUGGCUGGUGAUGGAGUUCUGUGGGGCGGGGUCAGUGACCGACCUGGUGAAGAACACGAAGGGCAGCUCUCUGAAGGAGGACUGGAUCGCUUACAUCUGCAGAGAGAUCCUACGGGGCCUCUCUCACCUGCACGCCCACAAAGUCAUCCACAGAGACAUCAAGGGCCAGAAUGUUCUGCUGACGGAGAACGCAGAGGUCAAACUGGUUGAUUUUGGCGUGAGCGCUCAGUUGGACAGGACGGUCGGUCGUAGGAACACCUUCAUCGGCACGCCUUACUGGAUGGCACCUGAGGUUAUUGCCUGCGAUGAGAACCCUGACUCCACUUAUGACUACAGGAGUGAUAUCUGGUCCUUGGGGAUCACCGCCAUUGAGAUGGCAGAGGGAGCUCCUCCCUUGUGCGACAUGCACCCGAUGAGAGCCCUCUUCCUGAUACCCAGGAAUCCCCCUCCGAAACUCAAAUCCAAAAAAUGGUCCAAGAAGUUCAUUGACUUUAUAGAGGGCUGUCUCGUGAAGACGUACACCAGCCGCCCGUCCACGGAGCAGCUCCUCAAGCACUCCUUCAUCCGGGACCAGCCCACCGAGCGGCAGGUCCGGAUCCAGCUCAAAGACCACAUUGACCGCACGCGCAAGAAAAGGGGAGAGAAAGAAGAAACAGAGUAUGAGUACAGUGGUAGUGAUGAAGAUGAAGAAAAUCGAGGAGAGGACCGAGAGUCGAGCUCCAUCCUCAAUGUGCCGGGUGAGUCCACCUUGAGGCGGGACUUCCAGCGCCUGCAGCAGGAGAACAAGGAGCGCUCGGAGGCCCACAAGAGGCAGCAGGCCCAACUGGCUGCCCAGCGCCGGGACCCGGAGGAGCACAAGAGGCAACUGUUGCACGACCGGCAGAAGCGCAUCGAAGAGCAGAAGGAGCAGCGGCGCCGACUGGAAGAGCAACAGAGGAAAGAACGAGAUAUGGUGAGGCAGCAAGAAAAAGGUCCCCACCGGAGACUCGACGAUAUGAGACGGGAGGAAGACAGAAGGUUGGCUGAGAGGGAGCAGGAGUUUAUCAGACAUAAGUUAGAAGAAGAGCAGCGGCAGUUAGAAAUCCUCCAGCAGCAGUUGCUUCAGGAGCAGGCGCUGCUUAUGGAGUAUAAACGCAAGCAGCUGGAGGAGCAGCGUCAGUCCGAGCGGCUGCAGAGGCAGCUGCAGCAGGAGCAUGCAUACCUGGUGUCUCUGCAGCAGCAGCAGGAGAAGAAGCCCCAGCUCUACCACUACAACAAAAACCUGGAGCCCAACAACAAACCCACAUGGGCCCGUGAGGUGGAGGAGCGGAGUAAGCUCAACAGACAGGGCUCGCCCAAAAUCUGCACCACCGUCUCUGACACCGCCAUCCAGUCGCGCUCCGACUCGAUCAGUCAGUUAGGAGUGGGCCAGUCUGCCCAGACCCCCCCAAUGCAGAGGCCAGUUGAACCCCAAGGGGGACAGGGAAAGUUCCAGAUGGCUCACCUGGUCCCUCUGAAGCCCUAUGCUGCCCCCGUCCCUCGCUCUCAGUCCCUCUGUGACCAGCCCACUAAGACCAUGUCCGCAUUCCCCACUCAGGACCCGUCCCUCAACCCCACGCCCCGCCCCAUCCACUCUAGAGAGCUGGUGCGCCAGAACUCAGACCCUACUUCUGAAACCCCGGCACCCCAGGGACAUCUGAUCGGAGAUGAACGCGGCCCCUGGAUCCGCCUGCCUGAUGUGGAGCUCCCCCCCAAGAUUCCCCAGAGGACAGCGUCUAUCGCCACAGCUCUCAACACCAACCUGACCUCUGGCAUUCGGCAUCCAGUACGAGCCAGCAAUCCGGAUCUGAGCCGCAAUGAUCGCUGGGAGAGAGGAGACAGUAUGAGCAUCAUCUCCAAUCUGCCCCAGACAGGAUCUCUGGAGAGGCAUCGCAUCCUCAGUUCCUCCAAAAUGGAUUCACCCAUGCUCUCCCAUGACAGCCGUCACAAGCCGGGGGAGUCUCGCACCUCCUCCCGCCCCGGGCGCCCCGCUAGUUACAAGAGAGCUAUAGGGGAGGAUCACGGCCUCUUCGCCAAGGAGCGUGCCGAGGAGCAGCCGAGGCCUCCAGUCAAGGCCAACGACUACUCCUCCUCCUCGGAGAGCAGCGAGAGCAGCGAGGAGAGCGAGAGCGGCGAGGGGCCCGAGGAGGAAGAAAGCCCCACUGAUCGUCACAGGGAUGGAGACACCGAUUCAGUCAACACCAUGGUGGUUCACGAGGACGAAGGCGAGGGGGGAGAGGGAGAGCAAGCUGGAGGCUACGGGGAUCAGACCAUGCUGGUGCAGAGGACCCCAGAGAAGCGGAGUCAUAACGGAUACACUAACUUGCCAGAUGUGGUGCAGCCCUCCCACUCGCCCACUGAUUCAGCCUCUCACUCCUCCCCUGGGAAGGACUCUGUUUAUGAUUAUCAGUCCAGAGGUUUGGUGAAAGCAUCUGGCAAGUCCUCCUUCACCACCUUUGUGGAUCUGGGCAUGUACCAGUCUCCAGGGGGACCAGGGGAUAACAUGUCUCUCACUGGCUCCAGGUUUGAGCAGCUGAAGAUGGAGGUGAGGAAAGGAUCCAUGGUGAACGUCAACCCCACCAACACACGCCCCCCCAACGACACACCCGAGAUCCGCAAGUACAAGAAGAGGUUCAACUCUGAGAUCCUGUGUGCCGCGCUGUGGGGAGUGAACUUGUUGGUGGGCACAGAGAACGGUCUGAAGCUACUGGACCGCAGUGGGCAGGGGAAGGUUUACCCCCUCAUCAACUCCCGCAGGUUCCAGCAGAUGGACGUCCUGGAGGGCCUCAACUUGCUCAUCACUAUAUCAGGCAAGAAAAACAAGGUGCGUGUUUACUACCUGGCCUGGCUGAGGAACAAGAUCCUCCACAAUGACCCUGAGGUGGAGAAGAAGCAGGGCUGGACCACGGUGGGGGAGAUGGAGGGGUGCGUGCACUACAAAGUGGUGAAAUACGAGAGGAUAAAGUUCCUGGUGAUCGCUUUGAAGAAUGCCGUGGAAGUGUAUGCUUGGGCGCCCAAACCUUAUCACAAAUUCAUGGCCUUCAAGUCUUUUGCAGAUCUGCCCCACAGGCCCGUCCUGGUCGACCUGACCGUUGAGGAGGGUCAGAGGUUGAAGGUCAUCUACGGCUCGUGUGCUGGCUUCCAUGCCAUCGACGUGGACUCUGGAAACAACUAUGACAUUUAUAUCCCCGUUCACAUCCAGAGCCAUGUGAUGCCGCACGCCAUCGUGUUCCUGCCCAGCUCCGACGGCAUGGAGAUGCUGCUGUGCUACGAGGACGAGGGCGUCUACGUCAACACCUACGGACGCAUCAUCAAGGACGUCGUCCUGCAGUGGGGCGAGAUGCCCACAUCUGUUGCUCAUAUCUGCUCAAACCAGAUCAUGGGAUGGGGAGAAAAGGCCAUUGAGAUCCGAUCCGUGGAGACCGGCCACCUGGACGGUGUCUUCAUGCAUAAGAGAGCUCAGAGGCUGAAGUUCCUCUGUGAGAGAAAUGACAAGGUGUUCUUUGCCUCGGUGCGCUCCGGCGGCAGCAGCCAGGUGUACUUCAUGACGCUGAACAGAAACUGCAUCAUGAACUGGUGAAGGACCAGCCGCUCCGGUCAGUGUGUCGAGCCCGGCGCGGUGCCGAGAAGGAAGCGCAUCCCAAACACUCACAAGCGCAUGCACACACAGAUGCGAACAAACCUCCCGUUCCUCUACAGCUCUCUCAUGCACUCAUGUUUGAAAAACACACACACACACACACACAAUCUCUUAGACACACACACACCAACAAUAUUUCAUCCCCCCCCGCGAUCUCCCUAGCUUCAGAUGUUAAUACCAUCCAUUGAUUUGUACUGUAAAUAUUCCUGUCUUGAUUUACUUUAAUUGGUGGUUUUCGGUCGUAUCUAUUUAGUUCCUACUUGUGAAGUGUGUUACAUUCCUUAAAGGACAGUACGUUCUGAAGAAGGCAUUAUUUAUCAAUCCUGUAUGUUUAAAAAUGAAGCUGUAAAUAGGUAGCACCUUACACUUAGAUCUGAAUCAUUUGCAGGCCUUUUAUUUCGCCUCAGUGUGUUGCUACCCAACCAAUGAAAUGCUGGAAAUCUGCAGUGACUUGAGGCAACUUCAGCGAGGCUUAAAGGAAGGAUUUAAUACACAUAUAUUACAAAUGUACAUUAAAGUCAAGACAGAGUAGCUAUUUGAAGUGUUUUUAGUUUCCGUAUAGUGACCUGAAGUCUGGCUUCCACUAGCUUUGUCUGGCCUGAAUGAUAUUACUCUUAGUCACAGCAAGUAAGAUUUAAAAGCAGAAUAGAUUUCAGUUUAAAAGCAAAUAAAUGAUUAAAAAAACAUCAGAAGUCUCAUAAAUCAGACUCAGUAAUGUGAAAUCUUCUGCUUUGCCUUUUUCUUCCCCAACGGUUUAGGUGAAGCCAUCAUUAUUUGACUCAUCAGGCUUUUUGUCUUCAUAGUUACAAAAAAAAUACAACAAAAAAAUGUUAUUUAUAUGUAGUGAUUCUGUACUGGUAUAAGCCUACUGAUCUUCUUAAUUUUACUGUAAUUAUAUUGCCAUUAUAUUGCAAUAUAUGCUAUUCUGUGGGUUGUUUGGAGAGGGCUGGUAGUGUAUAGGGAGUGUGAUGUGGAAAGUAGGACAUGUAGAGAGUGAUUAACGGAGAUCAUUUCCCCAGCGCAGCUAUCUGCUCUUCUGUAUAAUAUUUCAGUUCUCCGACGGUUCGGUUGGUGUGGAUCUCUCUGUGAGGCGGUCGCAGUAGAAGCGCUCUUCGUGUGGUACGGUUCGUCGUUCGUCUUAGGCCAGUGGAAAGAUUAAAUUUAGGGUGACUCUGCAAUACCACAGAGGACUGCUGGAACACGUGAGACUUAAUAUAUUUUAGAUAUAAAUAUAUAUACACUCUGCCAAAGUUCACAGCAUAUUCUGCAACGGGGGGAUGAAUCGAAGCCAGAGGGAGUUCAAACAUCAUUAACCAAUGUUCCUUUCUGUAUCCAAAACGUCGCUAAUAUUUCCUCUAGUCUUUGCUCUCUGUGUUUGUUAGUAUAGUCCUUUCCCAUUUAAAGAAACUGGGAAAGUGUACGGUACAGGUGUGAGGCGGCGCUACCAGGAAGUAGCUUACUUAUUUCCUGGUCGGUCAACACAUGAAUCAAACUUUCCCUUCUGUGUUUCAACACUAGGCUUUCAACAGGAACACCACUUCAAUCCCAUCGUGCAUCUCAAAUGUCAACCAAUUAGACUUUAUAAAUUCAAGCUGAGAACUGUACUUGUUUUUAGUGAAAGGUUUUGGGUUAUAAUGAAAGGAGUCUUGGCUAGUGAUCCGUGGGAGGGAAGAUAUAUUUCAUAGAGGCGCACAGAAAGUUUGCAGAGGAAGUUUAAGCAAAGAUUAUAUAAAUAGAUGUUCAAUUUUACGGUGGAUAGAUUAUAAAAACAAACUGUACAUGGGCAUGGAAAGCACUUUCACUUCUGUAAACAUUUAUAAAUAUAUCUCCAACAGAUACUUGGUGUGCAUGUAAGCCAUUGAACUAGAGUAUGUAGUACUGUAUCCCUUUUUAGCACAAGUGUUUUUAUUCUUGAAUAUCUGUUGCGUGCCACGACUUAUAUUUCGAAACUACAAUCCAACAGGAGCUCUGGCGCUCACGCUUUUUAUGGUAACAAACAUCAUUUUUUUAUCAAUCUGCCAUGUUUACAGUCAAAGCAGUGCCUUGGAGAGUUGGGAAGAAGAGAUGUUUAAGGAUGGGUCAUGAGCCCCCGCCCCACUUGUCUCUCUUAACUUGAAAUCCCAUGAAGAAGAGGCACAGCUAUAUUUGCUCCUUCAAUAUGAUUUACGUGCCAUUGAAGUGCACUUAAUCCAGAAUAAUAAUGUUCUUGAGUUGCUUUUUGGCACCUUGUAUAUUUCCUAAAAAUAAAGUGGCAAUAAUAACAAAUAUUAAACACAAAUUAAUCCAGUGUAACGGAUAAACUCGCAGUGGGAGCCCGCCUAGUAAAAAGCCAUACGUGUGUGUUGUGUGAAGUAAACACAGAUCAGUUCAGCCCUGUGUGUGACGUCGAGCUGAUGAGUGGAGAUGAUGUGCGUCGUGUAAUCUUGGUAGUGGGGAAAGUAGCGUGAUUAUAUUCUGAGAAGCCUAUUUUAUAAAAUAUGUAAAUUAGUCUAUAUUGAGAAAAUCAAAGUGAAUGUACAUCUAUAAGACAGAUUUGUAUUUAUAUGAACAUGUGUACCGCUCUAUUAAUCAAAGCACAAUGUAUUUUACGGCAGCGAGAGAUCAAAGCUAGAAUUAGGUGGUGUUUUUCUUUCCUUCCUUAAUUCAUGUUCUAUAAGUCGUUGGUUCUAGUGAAGCGAGUAGACAGCUGUGUGUGCGUAGGCUGUCCGUUACUGCAGCGUUUCUGUUCGCUUAUCUGGACGAAUAGAAAAUGAUUCAGACACUUGUUGGGACGUACGGAUCUGGCCUCGGGUGUAAUGGUAAAGUUGACAGGAUGUUAAAAUGCUCAGGCGCUGGUGUGAGGGGCGGGACGUCCCUUGGCGGGAGGCUCUUGGUUCUGGUAUUGUAUAAAAAUCAGAAGCGUUCGGCUCAUGGCGAUUGCAUCGAUCAAUUAGCGACAGACUAAAGACAAUUAGGAUUUCUUGACUAUGUUAGUUGUGUGUGUUUUGUCACCAGGUAUGAAAGAUCUUAAAGGGUAACUGCAAUGAUUUUACACAUUCAUUUGAAAUUAUUAUUAUGGUUAUUUUCUGGGUCAUCUGUAAAUACCUUAAUUUGUCCCAAAGCAGGGGAUGUGUUCAUUCCCCUUUCGAACUCUAAAAAGUAAGUGAACAUUUUUGAGGUAGCAGUAAGUGUGUGAAAGUGUACAGUAAAUUGCACAGAGCAAACAGGGGUGUAAUAGUCUGAGUGUAGGGGAGUGGCAGCCAAUAAUACCCCCCAAAAAUAAAUUGUGAAACAUUAUGAAGUAUAUUUACAACAAUACGACAAAUGUGAAGUCUCAUAAAAGACCUCAAGCGAUCAGUCAGUUGUUUAGAGCUGAAGUUUCAUGCUUGGAAAUGUAAAAAGUGUACGGGUGUUGAGAUGGAAAGACUUCAGCUGCCCAGACCAGGAUAUCCGAUCAAACUAAUGGCCGUCCUGUUGCAUUGUGGGAGAUGUAGUCACCAGACAUGGAUGUGUAAAAUCAGUGCAGUUAUUCUUAAAAGUCAUUCUCAUGUCGCAUUAUGUAGAAGGUACUUUACUGCACAAGCUUUGCGAAAUCAUCAUUUGACUUUAUAAAAACAGAAGUGAUCUCAAAACAAGAGCUUGCUCAAACUAUCGAGGUUAAAUCUUCUAGUAAAAUUACAAUGAAUAUCUACGUUUAGUUAUUGGUUGAGGUAAUUGAGUAUGUAAUUGACUUCCAAAUAUAACAGUUGCUGUCUUAUUGCACAAAUGCUAAUCAUUGCAGUUGGAAAGACAGAGGAGGAGUUUGUGGUUGUUGUUUUUCCCUAAAAGCACCUUAAGGUGUAAAAAGUGCUAUUUCAUUUUGUGCCAAGAGCCAUUAAAAGAACUUCUCAAGUCUUUAGUUUGAGUGUCAGAUGAUGACAUUUCUUUUUAAUAAGCAAUACUAGCAUUCGAACAAAUCAAAACCCGCAGCUGACCAUCUCAGUGUGACCUACAGGAAGUGAUUCUUCAGUGGUCUUUGGCGGACUGGAUGUAGGCUGGUUUUUGUGUUGCUCGUUAUCGACGUCUGUACUUUACUUUCCUCAACAAGCUUAUCUCUGCUGGGAUGCUUUUCCCUCUUACGCUAUGAAGAAAUCCAAGAUACUGCCUUCACAAAGUAUAGAUAGAUGAGGCACUCUUCUCUAUGUUUCUAAUCAAUCAGGUGUGAAUGGAUUAGGAGCGAGGCGGAUCAAACUCUAAAACUUUAGACAGAACAAAUCAUUCUUUUUCAAAAUCCUUUCUCUCUUUUUUUUAAAAGACGAUAAACAUCUUGGCAAUGUUUCAGUGUGUGAGCGUGCAUCUGUGUUACUUGUGAGAGGUUAACUCCAGAUUGUAUUUCAUAGACUGAUAAACUUUAAAACUUUCAAAAGAUUGUGUUGAAUGAAUUCAUGUCUUAAUACAGAACUGUUUGAAAAAUAAAAUACCUUAAUCUCA